UGACCGACAGGUGGCAGCAAUCUCCACGUAAAAAGAAGAAGAAGAGACCCAACAACACUACUCGUUAGCUGCUUGGGGUGGCUAAUAAUAUUUUCACGGCUGUUUCGGGAAAUAUUAACAGGUACGCUGGAAUUUUCUGACACCCACUCGGACAUGUCCUAUGUCUUCAUCAACGAUUCGUCGCAGACCAACGUGCCUCUGCUGCAGUCCUGCAUCGAUGGAGACCUGCCCUUCGCCAAGAGGCUGCUGGAAACCGGCUGCGACCCCAACAUCCGCGACAACCGGGGCCGCACCGGCCUGCACUUGGCUGCGGCGCGGGGGAACGUGGACAUCUGCCGCCUGCUGCACAAGUUCGGCGCCGACUUGCUGGCGACGGACUACCAGGGGAACACGGCGCUGCACCUGUGCGGCCACGUGGACACCAUCCAGUUCUUGGUGUCCAAUGGGCUGAAGAUUGAUAUUUGUAACCACAACGGCUCCACGCCGCUGGUGCUGGCCAAGAGGCGGGGCGUCAACAAGGACGCCAUCCGCCUGCUGGAGGGACUGGAGGAGCAGGAGGUGAAAGGCUUCAACCGCGGCGCCCACUCCAAACUGGAGACCAUGCAGAUGGCCGACAGCGAGAGUGCCAUGGAGAGCCACUCGCUGCUCAACCCCAACCUGCAAAGCAGCGAGGGCGUCCUGUCCAGCUUCCGCACCACCUGGCAGGAGUUUGUGGAGGACCUGGGAUUCUGGAGGGUCCUGCUGCUGCUGGUGGUCAUCGCCCUCCUCUCCCUGGGCAUCGCCUACUACGUCAGCGGCGUGCUCCCCUUCUCCACCGGCCAGCUGGAGCUGGUGCACUGAACGGAGGAGCAAAAGCGAAUUUGAAAAAUAAUAAUAAUCUAACCCCGUUGCUGUUAUCGGUGCGUUUCAUUUUUAUUUUAUUUUUUUUUUUACAGCUGCUUUCGUUUGAUAAAAUAGUUUUGGGAAAGUACUGACAACUGUUUAAAAAAAAAAAAAACGUCUCUCAAAUAAACACGAUAGUGAAGUGAAGGUUAGCCGACAAAUCAACUCAAGUCCUUAUGAGCACUUCCCCCAACAUGUCGAACUCAUUUUUUUGUCGCGGGCCGCAUUGUAGUUACGGUUCCCCUCGGAGAGACGUCACGAUUGUGAAACCGUGGAAAUUUUUUCGCCUUCUCAUAUUUACACGUGGAAUUUAUGAGCUCGUUUUGGAAUUAGGAAUCAAGGUUAAUGUGUUGUCAAAGAGUUGCCGAGGAUUGGGUAUACGGUAAUGCUCGCAGUAUCUCAACAUUAUCAUUUAUGAUAUGACAAUUCUAUAUUUUGGCACAGAUUUUAACAACAAUCCUGGAAGUUCAUACUCGUAAUUUGCCUUCGCGGCCCACGUAAAAUCAUGCAGCGGGCCGAGCCUGGCCCCCGGGCCUUGAGUUUGACGCCGGCAUAUUUACAGUGAAGAAAAUAAGUAUUUGAACACCCUGCUAUAUUACAAGUUCCCUGUAAUUGCAAACAAAGGCUACUGUACCAAAUAUUAACAUUGGUUUUCUCGGGUGUUCAAAUACUUAUUUGCAGCAAUAUCGCACAAAUACAUCAUUAAAAAAAUAUUUCUAAGUGGGAAAACUUGCGAUAUAGCAGGGGGUUCAAAUACUUAUUUUCUUUGCACUUCGCUGCCACUUUGGUGCUGUUUUAUGAGGACGAGGUGAUUUUUUUUUUUUUAAAGUGGGUAAUAAAUAAUAGGUCCACCCCCCAAAAAAAUGUAAAAGAUGAUUUAUGAGAUUAGGUUUAUUACUAUAGAAUAGAAUAUGCGUUCUCUGUACUUGGAUGUGCUCGUAAGUAACUUAUAAUAAAAUGCCUCGUUUUUAAUUCUCAUUUCCCUAAAUGUAACCACAGCUGCUCUGACGGAAUUAUUCCCUUGACCUCGACAGUACAUUGUUCAUGUUGUAUAACUUUUUUUUUAAAAUCUCAUAUAUGUAUUAAUUGCGAAUGUUGUUAAAGCCAGCGAAGGUUUUGUGUGCUAUUUUUUUUUUGGUUUGCUUUGUGUUCACAGAGACAUUCCGGCUGCAAGCAUGCAAAUUAUUAUUAAUAUUAUUAUUAUUUUGUCGUCUCUGAAUGUUAGGUGCCGACUACACGUGGCAAAUAUGAAUAAAAUUCAAGUUAUUCCCAUCAAUACGAGCUGGACAAACGAAGUGAUUCUUAACAGGCAUGUAGCAAAAAAUAGUAUGUAAAUAUGUUUCGGUCGUAGAUAAAUAUGUCAAAUUCCAUAUUUUUGUGGUGGGUAAAAAAAAAAAAAUAAUUUUCCCUCUUGCCAUUAAUGUAUAUUUUUUUCAAUCUGUACAUUUCGAUUGUAUUGUCGAGGGAAAUGAAAUUUUCACGUCCACGUUUGAAGAAGUCGCGUUGAAAGCGAUAAAGUGGGGCCAGAUGUGUGAGCGGCGCCGGAAACGAAAAUGAGUGUCUGGAACCACAGCAAAAAAAAAAAAAAAAAAAGUAAAUAAAUAAUAACAUUGAAAUGUUCAAAUGUGAUCAGAAGUAAAUUAUGCCGUAGUUAUACGUGUCAUUUGGGAAGCGCUAUAUUAUUAACUAAUAAUAACACUGAUCUAAACUCGGCAGUUUCUGAGUUAUACUUUAAUGAAAGUGCGUUUGCCAAAUGUCAGAUUUUUUUUCAGUGUUUACUUUCUGUUCCUCUUUUAUCUUUUUUUUUAUUUUUGAACUUGUUCAAACU